AUGGCUCCAGCUGCUAAGCCACAGGUCAAAAAGACUGCCGAGAGCAUCAACUCCCGUCUUUCCAUGGUCAUGAAGACCGGAAAGUACGUGUUGGGAUACAAACAGACCCUCAAGACCCUCCUCAACGGAAAGGCCAAGAUCGUCAUCAUCGCGAACAACACCCCACCAUUGAGAAAGUCCGAGAUCGAGUAUUACGCCAUGCUCGCAAAGACCGGAGUUCACCACUACAAUGGAAACAACAUUGAGCUCGGAACCGCCUGUGGUCGUCUCUUCCGUGUUUGCACUCUUGCCGUUACUGACGCCGGAGAUUCCGAUAUCAUUCUUAGCGUCCCAUCGGAGACUGCUUAA